AUGCAGUCAAAAAAGAAGACGCUGGCUGCCAAGCAAGGACUCUCCGCUGGCAAGGGCUCACCGGCUGGGCGCAAGAAAACAAAGGCCACCGCAGCUAUCAAGCCUGGCACCGGUUUGGGCAUUGCCGCCGAAGCAGCCGCUGCGGCAGCAGAGGAGGAGCGGAAGCGGCUGCGGGCGGAGCUGGAGAUGGCACGGGCAGCAAUGAAGGCGCACGAGGGCGCGGCGCUCGGGCUGCAGGCGGAGCUGGCAGCGCUGCGCCUGCAUCACGCGGAGGAUGCAUCUACCGCGGGCGAUGUGCUGCAGAGCCAGCAGAGGGAGAGGGACCGGAUGGAGGAGGCGACGAGGGCGCUGGAGCGCCGGCUGGAGGCGGAGAGCCAGGAGGUGGUGCUGCUGCGCAGCGACCUGCAGGCGGCGCUCGAGAAGAAGGCAGCCGCGGGGGAGCAGACGGAGCGGCAGCCAGGGCAGGGCGGCAGCAUGCAGCCCAGCAGUGAGGUGCAGCGCCUGCUGUCCCAAUCGCGUCGCCAGGAGGAGCGCAUGGCGGCGCAGCAGGCUGAGGUGCUGGAUGUCCGCCAGCGGCUGCAGCGCGCAGAGCAGGCGUUGGAGGUGGAGCGCAGCAGGGCGGCAUCCCUGCAGGUGCGGGCGCAGAGCCGCACCGAGCUGCGUUUCGUCCGAGACGGCCCCUGGCUGAUACAUGUGAGGCCGGAGCGGCUGACGGGGCUGGCGCCUGCCGCCCCUUUGCUACCAGGCGGCACCUUGGCGGUGGCGGGACGGCAGAUGUUGCUGGAGGCAUGGCAGCCAGCUGCACGGGGGGGGGCAGAGCAGCAGCCUGGGCAUGGCCACGAGCAGGGACAAGGGCACCAGCAGGCAGUGCAGCACAUGCUGGACCUGAGCGCCGCGCGCUGGGGUGCGGUUGGAGGCGGCGCCAGCGCCCACCAGCCGGCUGCAAGUGCAGAAGGCAUGCAUGAGCCAGUGAGCGGGCGGGCCGUGUGCAGCAUCGGGGAAAAGCUGCUGGGCUUUGGCGGCACCCGCAAUGGAAAGUUCGUGGGCGGCAGCACCGAGUUCUUCCAUCCCAACCUGCGGCAGUGGCUGCCGGCACCACCCCCCGCCGACCCCGCCGUGCAGCAGCCGCCCCCCCGCCACAGCGCUGCGCUGGCAUACUGUCCUAAUGCGCAUGCGGCCUUCUUAUAUGGGGGCCAGGGCGAGGGUGGCACUUUGCUGGGUGACCUGUGGCGGCUGGACUGCACUAGCAUGGCAUGGAAGCAGCUGGACAGCCAUAAGCAGCCUACAGCUGUGGGCGAGCGAGCCCGCACCCCAUGCCCACAGGAGGCGCCUCCAUCCAGCACAGGGGCAGCCCUUGCGGUGUCCACCGACGGCAGCCGGCUCUGGCUCAUGGGUGGCCGCCUGGACAGCGGGCGCUGCAGCAAUGCACUGCACUGGUGA